GUCCAAUGCGGAACGUUCAUGCGGCUCCAGUGGUUCCUACCCGGAAGCGUAUACUAAAAGCACAGUAAAAACAUGGCAGCCAACAUAGAGCAAAUCUUUCAAGAUUUUAUUUUGAACAAAAUCAAAGAAAUUGAAGAACAAAAGGAGGAACACACUGUUCCUGUUGCAGAGAACAGCCACACAGAGGCAUGCCGAAAGACCAGCUCUCCUGAAAAACGCCCUCGCAGCCCCAGUCCGCAAAACAAAAAACAUAAGAAGAAGAGCAAGAAACACAAGAGCAAGAAGAAGAAGAAGAAGAGCAAAGGGAGGGAUAGAGACAGUAGUGAUUCAGACGACAGCCGUGGUAAACAUCACAGAUCAAAAGAAGAAAGGGAAAGUAAAGAUAAAGACAGUGAUCGGACAUCGAGCCGACAUCGCCACAAGUCCCCAGAUGAAGACAGGAGGAAGAAGAGGAGGAAGAGGAGUAAAGAGAAAGACAGUUCUGAUUCAGACAGCGAUGGGAGGGAGGCCAAGAGAGACAAGACUAACGGACCCAGUCACCAACCACAGCUGCCAGACAUCAUCCCCAAACAGGAAAGUUCAAGUAAGACGAACAGGAAACAAGAGUCCACACACAAGUCCUCCCGCUCCCGGACAAGAUCAAGGUCUCGGUCUCAUUCCCGAUCCCAAUCCCAGUCCCAUUCCUCUGCACCUAAGAAAGAGUCGGACACCGGAGACCACAGGAAAUCCAGAACAAGAUCUAGAUCUGCCGAGAAAAAGCCCCCCUCUGCUGCUGACCCCCCUGACCCCGCGCCAACCUCCACCGCCGAGCCCGUGGGUGUUGAGGUACUCCCCAGCUCCACCGAGCACCAGCCCACAGAGGAGGGCCUGACCACGGUAGAGCCAAGCGCACAGCCAGCCUCCUCUGAGAAGGAAGAAGAAAAGACGGAAGAUAAAACACAAGAGACACCAAAAAGCGAAGGUCAAAGUACAUCUCAAUCCACUACUGCCAAGUUGGUUACUGAGGACAAACCCAAACGUACAUCGUCUAGUGCAGACUCCCCAUCGAAACACCGGAAGAAAAGCAGCCGCUCGCCGCAAAAGAAGAAGGAGCACAAGACCUCCAGGAGAGCCCGGGGGUCCAGGAGCAGGUCCACCAGCAGGUCCGCCAGUCACAGGAGGCGCUCGAGAAGCAGGAGUCCACGCAGGAGGAGGUCACGGUCAAGGUCGAGAGGUCGGAGGUCACAUCGUACCCGUAGCCGCUCCACGUCCAAAGAUCGCCGGAAGAGGAACCCGUACAGCCAGAGGGACCGCUGGAGGAGGGAGCCCAGUCACUCCCCCGUACUCAUCCUCCGGAAAAAUCGAUCCCCCGCAGGAAGAAAACACGGCAGCUCCAGCCCCCACCGCAUCAGCGACCUUGAUAAGGAGCAGCUGUUGGAGAUCGCCAAAGCAAACGCUGCAGCCAUGUGUGUGAAAGCCGGCAUGCCUGUCCCCUCCAGUCUGCGCUCAACAGCAGCUCCACUCAACCUGCCUAUGGCCAUGAACCCGGCGAUGGCCAGUAUGACCGCAGCCUCCAUGACCGCAGCCCUGUCCAACAUCAGCUCCCUCCUGCCCUCCCUGAGCAGUAAACCCUCGUCUGGCUCCGGCGCGCUCAGCUCUGCCCUGGAGGAGGUCAAGAAGAGCGUACAGAAGCAGGCUAACAUCAUUAGCAUCAAAGAGUUCACCGAGAAAUGUAAGAUGAUCGUGGACAGUAAAGGCGAGCUUCCGGUGGCGGCUCCUCACGUCUCAGAUGAAGAGGAUGAAGGGAAACCAUUUGGAGCAGCAGCGGUUAAAGAGCAGAAGGCUAUCCGCUUUAGUAUUACUAACAUGGGUGUCCGUCCAACUGUCAGGAGCGACGCAGGCAUCGCCAAAGAGUUCCCCGUGUCCUCUGGGUCCCAACAUCGAAAAAAGGAGGGCGAGGGGCAGGGCGCGUACGGAGAAUGGGUCCCAGUUGAAAAGACCAAUGAGAAAGCAGCAUCCAAUCCCAAGAAGAGCUCCUCGACGUCGGGCAAGUCAUCAGCAGAGACUGGGUCUGGAGCAGAACCAGAGCCAACUGUGGAACAUGACAGUGUGUUCCCAGAGCCCCCACUACAGCCUGUCGAUAUCUCCCAAGCUGUGAGUGAAAGAAUCAAAGCUCAAAGACGAUUGGCUGAGAAUCCCUAUGACGUCAGCGCCCUGUGUAUGCUGAGCAGGGCACAGGAGCAGGUGGAUGCGUGGGCCCAGUCCAACACGGUCCCCGGGCUCUUCACUGGUUCUACAGGAGCUCAGGUCCUCAGCUCAGAAGAACUCUCCUCCAAUGGACCUCAGGCCUGGCUCAAGAAGGACCAGUUCCUUAAAGCAGCUCCAGUUUCAGGGGGUGUGGGGGAGUUCCUCAUGAGGAAGAUGGGUUGGAGAACAGGAGAGGGUCUGGGGAGGAACCGGGAGGGCACAGUGGAACCAAUUAUCAUCGACUUCAAGGUGGACCGCAAAGGGUUAGUGGCUGAAGGGGAGAAGCCACAGAAACAGACUGGAGGACUGGUCGUCACCAAGGACCUCAUGGGGAAGCACCCGGUGUCCGCUCUGAUUGAACUGUGCACAAAGAGGAAGAUUGUGCAGCCGGACUUUGUCAUGGUUCACCACAGUGGCCCCGACCACCGCAAGAACUUCCUCUUCAAGGUGACGGUGGGUGGAGUGGACUACCAGCCUCAGACGGCCAGUCCCAAUAAGAAACACGCAAAGGCCAUGGCUGCUACAGUGGCGCUGCAGGCUCUGGGAGAGGUCCCUGCGGACGGCCCUGGUCUAUACACUGGCCCUGUGUUUACGGCUGCCUCCACCGGACCAUUGUUUUCUACGUGAUCGGCAAGCACACGUCACCACGCGGACUGCAUUUCAAAACGUUUAACACUUGAAGAUUUAAUACGACUAUGAAAGGGAGCAGAUGUCCACUUUGCUUUUUCAUAAACAAUAUUUCAAACGUAGAAAACUGUGCAAGGACUGCGCAAAGGGCAUCAAAAUCUCUCCCAACCCGUGUUUUUUUGUACAUGAAGACAUUGUAUCAUAUGGAGUAGAUUUCUGUAAUGUUUUUUGAUCUAAUUUUGUUUUAAAGUGAUGUAAAUAGUUGUCUUUUAGUCCUCCAUGGUUCUGUUCAUUAUGUUCCCAAUGUGGCCGAACUCAUUCAAAAGCUCUGAUCUGUAUAGAGCAAACAUAAAUAAAGAGUAUAUUUAUAUUAUCUAAGUAUUUCAAUAAUGUUUCCUGUCUUUAAAUAUCUAAUUUAAACUAAACCAAUUGUAUUACUACCAAAAGGGCGACAAAAAUACUGUGGUCCUAAAGUAGAGCCUUGUGGUACUCCGCUGGGUGCCAGGUGCUAAGAGGGAUCAAAUAAAGUUUCAUUAAAUAAACUUCAUGUGAAAUGUACACCUGGAGAAGUACAGUAAGCUCAUUUAAGGACCUUGAAAGUUUGUGGUUCAAUCCCCGCAUCCCUCGGUUUAUACUGCCUAUGUGUCUUUGGGCAAGAUGACAUGCAAACCUUGCCUUUAGCGCAGUGGUUCUCAAACAUUUUCAUCGCGACCAUUGGUAUGCGCAAACCUGAAACACAAAAAAUAUGCUGCCUGCAAAAUGAUAAAGUAGCAUUAAUAUCUAAUCUCUGAUUAAAUUUUUCAUAGGCCUACAUAAAUUCAUUUGAAAAUAGGCUUUUUACCACUGAAUUUUAAGUGUGUUUGGCCUUGAUUAAGACUAUUGCAUAUAUUUUGAAUUUUUUGUUUGUCCAGACUCCCAGGUUGAGAACCACUGUGGAACUGAAUGAUUGUGUGAGUGUGAAUGGGUGAAUAGUUUCUUUCUAUGAAGUACUCUGAAUGUUCUGUACAUUUACAGAGAUACAUGACUUAAACGGACACUUUCCAUAGCAGCAUUCAGGUGCAUCCUUUGGAGUCUGCUGACAUAUUAAAAUUAUAUUGAACCUUAAA